UCUGGCCACGCCCUCCGGAUCGACUUUGGGGUCCCACCUGCGCACCUGGGGUAGGGCUGGGGUCUCACCUGUCCCCCCCAUAUUGGGUUUGAGGUCUCACCUGCACACCUGGGAUGGGGCAUUGGUCUCACCUGUUCCCCUGGGUCAGAUUUAGGGUCUCACCUGUGUCUGUGUCUCAUGUCCAGGGUUUUACCUGCCCAGCUGUACUGGGUCUGGGGUCUCACCUGUCCCUGUGUUUCCCAUCUGUACUCUCACCUGCCCCCCAUGUUCCAUGUCUGGGCUCUCACCUGUGUCUGUGUUUCAGGUCUGGGCUCUGACCUGUCCCCCAUGUUCCAUGGCUGGGCUCUCACCUGUGUCAGGUGCAGGCUCUCACCUGUCCCUCGUGUUCCAUGGCUGGGCUCUCACCUGUCCCUGUGUUUGAUGUCUGGGCUCUCACCUGUCUGUACAUUGGGUCUGGUGUCUCACCUGUCUCAGAUCUGGACUUUCACCUCUCCCCAUCUGUCGGGUCCCCUAUGUCAGGUGCAGGCUCUCACCUGUCCCCCAUGGUCCAUGUUUGGGCUCUCAGCUGUGUCAGGUGUGGGCUCUCACCUGUCCUUGUGUUUAAUAUCUGUGCUCUCACCUGUCCCUGCCCCAGCUCUGUGCUCUCACCACUCCCAGGUUUGUGAUCUCACCUGUCCCAGGUGCAGGCUGUCACCUGUCUCAGAUUUGGGCUCUCACCUGUCCCAGGUUUGUUCUCUCACCUGUCCCAGCUCUGUGCUCUCACCUGUCCCAGGUUUGUUCUCUCACCUGUCCCAGGUUUAGCCUCUCACCUGCAGCCAUGUCCCCCCAGGUGCGGCCAUGGCGGGCGCGGCGCCCCCCGCAGGUGCCCCCGAGCACCCCUUCACCUGCCGGGAGUGCGGCAAAUCCUUCCGCUGGUCCUCGCGCCUGGCGCAUCACCUGCGCAGCCACACAGGUGAGCGCCCCUACAAGUGCUCCGAGUGCCCCAAGGCCUUCAAGGGCUCCUCCGCCCUCCUCUACCACCUGCGGGGCCACACAGGUGAGCGCCCCUACACCUGCGCCACCUGUGGGAAGAGCUUCAAGCGCUCCUCGCUGCUGCAGACUCACCUGCGCGUGCACACGGGGCUGCGCGCCUUCAGGUGCGCCCAGUGCGGCCUCACCUUCAAGUGGGCGUCGCACUACCAGUACCACCUGCGGCAGCACUCGGGUGAGCGGCCCUACCGCUGCCCCACCUGCCCCAAGGCCUUCAAGAACUCCUCCAGCCUGCGGCGCCACCGCCACACCCACACAGGUGAGCGCCCGCACACCUGCGACACCUGCGGCAAGGGCUUUGCCCAGGCCACCAACCUGCGGCAGCACCUGCGGGUGCACACGGGGGAGCGGCCGUACACCUGCGCCACCUGCGGGAAGAGCUUCACGCACUCUUCCAACCUGCACCUGCACCGGCGCACGCACGGCCCGGCCCCGCAGUGCCCCACCUGCGCCACGCCCUUGGCCUCGCGCACCUGCCCGCAGAGGCACCCGCAGGGCCCCGCCCCGCCCGGCGCCGCCUCACCUGAGCCGCUCUGGAGGCCGCUGGGGCUCACCUGUGCCGAGCAGGAGGUGACGGUGACACCGGCCACGCCCCCGGCCCCGCCCCACUGCUGCCUCACCUGCGGCAAGAGCUUCAAGAACGGGGCGGGGCUGGCGCGGCACCUGCCCGGGCACGAGCGGCCCCGAGCCCCACCCGCGCCAGGUGAGGCCGAGGCGCCGGCCCCGCCCGAGCGGCCGUACAGGUGCGGCGAGUGCGGCAAGGCCUUCAAGGGCUCCUCGGGGCUGCGCUACCACCUGCGCGACCACACAGGUGAGCGCCCCUACACCUGCGCCACCUGUGGGAAGAGCUUCAAGCGCUCCUCGCUGCUGCAGACUCACCUGCGCGUGCACACGGGGCUGCGCGCCUUCAGGUGCGCCCAGUGCGGCCUCACCUUCAAGUGGGCGUCGCACUACCAGUACCACCUGCGGCAGCACUCGGGUGAGCGGCCCUACCGCUGCCCCACCUGCCCCAAGGCCUUCAAGAACUCCUCCAGCCUGCGGCGCCACCGCCACACCCACACAGGUGAGCGCCCGCACACCUGCGACACCUGCGGCAAGGGCUUCGCCCAGGCCACCAACCUGCGGCAGCACCUGCGGGUGCACACGGGGGAGCGGCCGUACACCUGCGCCACCUGCGGGAAGAGCUUCACGCACUCUUCCAACCUGCACCUGCACCGGCGCACGCACUCGGCGGCACGGCCCUUCCGCUGCCCCACCUGCCCCAAGGCCUUCGUCAUGGCCGCCUACCUGCAGAGACAUCUGCGCACGCACGGCCCCGCCCCGCGACGCGCACCCGGCACUGCCGCCGCACCUGGCGGUGCCACACCUGUGCCAUCGCCUGCUGGCGCUUACCUGGUGCUGCCCGGCCCUGGUGGCUCCUCCCCCCACAAGGUGCUGCUGGUGGCGGCCACACCCGGGCACGCCCAGCCGCACCUGGCGCAGGUGGGCAGGGAGCAGCGCACCUGGCACAGCGUCCUGCUCAUACCUGGGGCGGGCAGGGAGGGAGUGGCAGCGGGGGUGCAGGUGGCAGGUGUGACAGGUGUGGCAGGUGUGACAGGUGUGACAGGUGUGGCAGCUGUGACAGGUGUGACAGGUGUGGCAGGUGUGACAGGUGUGACAGGUGUGGCAGCUGUGACAGGUGUGACAGGUGUGGCAGGUGUGGCAGGUGUGGCAGGUGUGACAGGUGUGGCAGGUGUGGCAGGUGUGGCAGGUGUUACAAGUGCAGGUGUGACAGGUGUGGGUGUAGCAGGUAUAGCAGGUGUUACAGGGGUCCCAGGUGUGGCAGGGGUGACAGGUGUUACAAGUCCCGGUGUGACGGGUGUGACAGGUGUAGGUGUGGCAGGUGUGACAGGUGUGGGUGCGGCAGGAGUGGCAGGUGUGACAGGUGUUACAAGUCCAGGUGUGACAGGUGUGACAGGUGUAGGUGUCACAGGGGUCCCAGGUGUGACAGGUGUAGGUGUGACAAGUGUCAGAGGGCUUACAGGUGUGACAGGUGUAGGUGUCACUGGUGUGACAGGUGUGGCAGAUGUAGGUGUCACAGGUGUCCAGCUCCAGGUGCUGCCGGUGGCCCCAGAGGUCACCAAUGUCCAGGUUCAGGGUGGGGAGGUGGCAGGUGUGACAGGUGUGACAGGUGUGACGGGUGUGACACGUGUAGGUGUGGCAGGUAUGACAGGUGUGGCAGGGCUGCAGCUCCAGGUGCUCCCAGUGCCUUCAGAAGUCACCAACGUCCAGCUCCAGGCAGGUGAGGUGACCAACGUGCAGCUCCAGGUGUUGCCACCACCACCUGCAGGUGGCACAGGUGUGCAGUUCCAGACAGGUGAGGUGACCAAUGUCCAGCUCCAGGUGUUGCCACCACCACCUGCAGGUGGCUCAGGUGUGCAGCUCCAGGUGUUGCCAGCACCACCUGAGGUCACCAACGUCCAGCUCUGCACAGGUGAGGUGACCAAUGUCCAGCUCCAGAUGUUGCCACCACCACCCCCAGGUGGCACAGGUGUGCAGCUCCAGGCAGGUGAGGUGACCAACGUGCAGCUCCAGGUGUUGCCACCCCCACCUGAGGUGGCCAAUGUCCAGCUCCAGGUGUUGCCAGCACCACCCUCAGGUGGCACAGGUGUGCAGCUCCAGGCAGGUGAGGUGACCAAUGUCCAGCUCCAGGCCCUGCCGCUGACCUCAGGUGUCACCAACGUGCAGCUCCAGGUGUUGCCACCAGGUGGCACCAAUGUGCAGCUGCAGACAGGUGAGGUGGCCAAUGUCCAGCUCCAGGUGUUGCCACCACUUGCAGGUGGCACAGGUGUGCAGCUCCAGGCCACUGAGCUGCCCAGUGUCCACCUGGCGACCUCAGAGGUGACCAAUGUCCACCUGGACAUCUCAGAGGUGACCAACGUCCACCUGGAGACCAUGGAGGAGGUGCCCAGUGCCCACCUGGAGACCUCAGAGGUGACCGAUGUCCACCUGGACAUGUCACGGCUGCCCAGUGCCCACCUGGAGACCACUGAGAUGACCGAUGUCCAGCUGGACACCUCAGAGGUGACCGAUGUCCACCUGGAGACCAGUGAGAUGACUGAUGUCCACCUGGAGACAUCAGGGGUGACUGAUGUCCACCUGCAGACCACCCAGAUGACCAGUGCCCACCUGGAACCCACGGAGGUGCCCAGUGUCCACCUGAAUGUGUCAGAGGUGACUGAUGUCCAGCUGGAGACCACUGAGAUGAAUGAUGUCCACCUGGGCACCUCAGAGGUGACCAGUGCCCACCUGGAACCCACGGAGGUGCCCAGUGUCCACCUGGACACAUCAGAGGUGACUGAUGCCCACCUGGACAUGUCAGAGGUGGCCAGUGUCCACCUGGAGACCUCAGAAUUGCCCAGUGUCCACCUGGAGACCUCAGAGGUGACCAAUGCCCACCUGGCAACCAGUGACACAGCUGAUGUCCACCUGGACACAUCAGAGAUGACCGAUGUCCACCUGGAGACCUCAGAGGUGACCGAUGCUCACCUGGAGACCACUGAGGUGACCGAUGUCCACCUGGAGACCACUGAGGAGGUGCCCGGUGUCCACCUGGACACCUCAGAGCUGCCCAGUGCCCACCUGGAACCCACAGAGGUGAGCAAUGCCCACCUGGACACCAGGGAAGUGACCGAUGUCCACCCGGAGACCUCAGAGAUGACCAAUGUCCACCAGCAGACCACGGAGGUGACUAGUGUCCACCUGGAGACCUCAGAACUGCCCGGUGCCCACCUGGACAUGUCAGAGGUGCCCUCUGACCACCUGGACACCACAGAAGUGACUGAUGUCCACCUGGGGACAAAUGAGAUGACCCAUGCCCACGUGGACAUGUCAGAGGUGACUGAUGUCCACCUGGAGACGUCAGAGCUGCCCAGUGUCCAGCUGGACACCAAUGACAUGACUGAUGUCCACCUGGACACCACCCAGAUGCCCAGUGUCCACCUGGACACCUCAGAGGUGACCAACAUCCACCUGGAGAGCCCAGAACUGUCUAGUGUCCAGCUGGACGUGUCAGAGGUGCCCAGUGCCCACCUGGAGACCAAUGAGAUGACCAGUGCCCACCUGGAGAGCUCAGAGGUGCCCAAUGCACACCUGGAACCCACCCAGAUGCCCAGUGUCCACCUGGGGACCACAGAGGUGCCCAGUGCCCACCUGGACAUGUCAGAGGUGACCAAUGCCCACCUGGAGACCACUGAGGUGACCGAUGUCCACCUGGAGCCCAUGGAGGAGGUGCCCAGUGCCCACCUGGACGUGUCAGAGGUGACCGAUGUCCACCUGAAGACCUCAGAGGUACCCAGUGCCCACCUGGAAAUGCCUUGUGUCCACCUGGAGACCACUGAGGAGGUGACCGAUGCCCACCUGGAGACCUUGGCAAUGACCAGUGUCCACCUGGAGGUGCCUGGUGCCCACCUGGACUCAUCAAAGAUGCCCGGUGCCCACCUGGAGCCCACAGAGGUGCACCUGGAACCCCCCUAGGAGGUGGCCAAUGUCCACCUGGAGACCUUGGAGCUGCCCAGUGGCCACCUGGAAGUGCCCAGUGUCCACCUGGAGACCAUGGACAUGCUUGAUGCCCACCUGGGUGUGUCAGAGGUACCCAGUGCACACCUGGACACAGCUUGGAGAUGACCAGUGUCCACCUGGAGACAUCAGAGGUGUCCUCUGCCCACCUGGAGACACCUUGGAGGUGCCCAGUGUUCACCUGGGUGUGUCAGAAGUGCCCAGUGCCCACU